AUGGGAAACAUUUUAAACACAAUCCAUCCACUUCUUACGCAUGUGGACUUGGAUCUGCAUUUGCUUAUAUGUGAUAUUCUUGAUGGCCUAGUGAUGAAUGACCCAUUUUUGACUUUCCUGGCAAAACUUUUACGUCGACUGAAUGCUGUAUCAGUAUCAUCCAUAGAAAUUGGUGAGCCUGAUUAUGACACUAGAGUUGAGGCUUAUGGAUCAAUAAAGUCAGAGUUAUUUUCCGUGCUCAAAGAAGAUCAUGCAUUGAUAAUUCUGUCUCAAUGUGUAUAUGAUAUGUCAUCUGAAAAACUGGUCUUCUGGCAAAAUGCAUCAAGGGCCUUAUUAUCGUUUGUACAGUUUGCUGGGCCAAUUUUAAAUUCGGAGAAAAAGUAUUGUGAUGAAAUAAUCUCCAAAUUUGAGCUACAAGAUGACGAAGUAAAUACUACUCAAAGACCAAAUGAGACUUGUGUUACUUGGAUGAAGGUCUCCAUUCAGAUGAUCAUAGAGAACAUUUUUCUGUCAAUAUGA